CCCUAGAGACGCCUCCAGGACGUGGAGGUGGUCGUGGAGGACCGGGAAGAGGAGGCGGAAGGGAAGGAGGCUGGGGUGCAGGCGGCGAAGGCAUCUGACAAGCGGUGUCGGCAGGCGGGACCGAGCCCGCAGAAGCGGGCGUCGGGUCCACAGUGUGAGCUCGCAGAGCCGGCUGGCUGGACCAGCGUGGGAACGAGGCUGGCGGACUGUGGACCGCGUCUUCAGCACAAUGGUCCGGCUCCUCUUGCUUUUCUUCCCAGCCGUCUUUUUAGAGAUGUCCCUUUUCCCUAGAGGCCCCGGCGGGAAAGUGUUGCUGGCCGGAGCCUCCUCUCAGCGCUCUGUGGCCAGAAUGGACGGAGAUGUCAUCAUUGGGGCCCUCUUUUCAGUCCACCAUCAGCCUCCCGCCGAGAAGGUGCCCGAGAGGAAGUGUGGGGAGAUCAGGGAGCAGUAUGGCAUCCAGAGGGUGGAGGCCAUGUUCCACACGUUGGAUAAGAUCAACGCAGACCCGGUCCUCCUGCCCAACAUCACACUGGGCAGUGAGAUCCGAGAUUCCUGCUGGCACUCCUCCGUGGCUCUGGAGCAGAGCAUUGAGUUCAUCAGGGACUCUCUGAUUUCCAUUCGAGAUGAGAAGGAUGGGCUCAACCGGUGCCUGCCUGACGGCCAGACCCUCCCCCCAGGCAGGACUAAGAAGCCCAUUGCAGGAGUGAUCGGCCCGGGCUCCAGUUCUGUAGCCAUACAAGUGCAAAACCUGCUCCAGCUCUUUGACAUCCCCCAGAUCGCCUAUUCUGCAACAAGCAUCGACCUGAGUGAUAAAACUUUGUAUAAAUACUUCCUGAGGGUUGUCCCCUCUGACACUUUGCAGGCAAGAGCGAUGCUUGACAUAGUCAAGCGUUACAAUUGGACCUAUGUCUCUGCAGUCCACACGGAAGGGAAUUAUGGGGAGAGCGGCAUGGAUGCUUUCAAAGAGCUGGCUGCCCAGGAAGGCCUCUGCAUCGCCCAUUCAGACAAAAUCUACAGCAAUGCUGGGGAGAAGAGCUUUGACCGACUCCUGCGCAAGCUCCGAGAGCGGCUUCCCAAGGCCAGAGUGGUGGUUUGCUUCUGCGAAGGCAUGACCGUCCGAGGCCUCCUGAGCGCCAUGCGGCGCCUUGGAGUCGUGGGCGAGUUCUCACUCAUUGGAAGUGAUGGAUGGGCAGACAGAGAUGAAGUCAUUGAAGGUUAUGAGGUGGAAGCCAACGGGGGAAUCACGAUAAAGCUGCAGUCUCCAGAGGUCAGGUCAUUUGAUGAUUAUUUCCUGAAACUGAGGCUGGACACUAAUACAAGGAAUCCCUGGUUCCCUGAGUUCUGGCAACAUCGGUUCCAGUGUCGCCUACCAGGACACAUUCUGGAAAAUCCCAACUUUAAACGAAUCUGCACAGGUAAUGAAAGCUUAGAAGAAAACUACGUCCAAGACAGUAAGAUGGGGUUUGUCAUCAAUGCCAUCUACGCCAUGGCACACGGGCUACAGAACAUGCACCAUGCCCUCUGCCCUGGCCAUGUGGGCCUCUGCGAUGCCAUGAAGCCCAUUGACGGCAGCAAACUUCUGGACUUUCUCAUCAAGUCCACGUUCAUCGGUGUGUCCGGAGAGGAGGUGUGGUUUGAUGAGAAAGGAGAUGCUCCUGGGAGGUAUGAUAUCAUGAAUCUCCAGUAUACUGAAGCUAAUCGCUACGACUAUGUACAUGUUGGAACCUGGCAUGAAGGAGUGCUGAACAUCGAUGAUUAUAAAAUCCAAAUGAACAAAAGUGGAGUAGUACGGUCUGUGUGCAGUGAGCCUUGCCUAAAGGGUCAGAUUAAGGUCAUACGGAAAGGAGAAGUCAGUUGCUGCUGGAUUUGCACCGCUUGCAAAGAGAAUGAGUAUGUGCAAGAUGAAUUCACCUGCAAAGCCUGUGACUUGGGAUGGUGGCCCAAUGCAGAUUUAACAGGUUGUGAACCCAUUCCUGUCCGCUAUCUUGAGUGGAGCAACAUAGAAUCCAUCAUAGCCAUUGCCUUUUCCUGCUUGGGCAUCCUGGUAACCUUGUUUGUCACCCUCAUCUUCGUGCUGUACCGGGAUACACCAGUGGUCAAAUCCUCCAGUCGGGAGCUCUGCUACAUCAUCCUAGCUGGCAUCUUCCUUGGUUACGUGUGCCCUUUCACCCUCAUUGCCAAACCUACUACCACAUCCUGCUACCUCCAGCGUCUCCUGGUUGGCCUCUCCUCUGCCAUGUGCUACUCUGCUCUAGUGACCAAAACCAAUCGCAUUGCACGCAUCCUGGCUGGCAGCAAGAAGAAAAUCUGCACCCGGAAGCCCAGGUUUAUGAGUGCCUGGGCCCAGGUGAUCAUUGCCUCAAUUCUCAUUAGUGUGCAGCUAACCUUGGUGGUGACCUUGAUCAUCAUGGAGCCCCCCAUGCCCAUUCUUUCCUACCCAAGUAUCAAAGAAGUCUACCUUAUCUGUAAUACCAGCAACCUGGGUGUGGUGGCCCCUUUGGGCUACAAUGGACUCCUCAUCAUGAGCUGUACCUACUAUGCCUUCAAGACCCGCAAUGUGCCCGCCAACUUCAAUGAGGCCAAAUAUAUUGCCUUCACCAUGUAUACCACCUGCAUCAUCUGGCUGGCUUUUGUGCCCAUUUACUUUGGGAGCAACUACAAGAUCAUUACCACCUGCUUUGCAGUGAGCCUCAGUGUAACGGUGGCCCUGGGGUGCAUGUUCACUCCCAAGAUGUACAUCAUUAUUGCCAAGCCGGAGAGGAAUGUCCGCAGUGCCUUCACCACCUCGGAUGUUGUCCGCAUGCAUGUUGGCGAUGGCAAACUGCCCUGCCGCUCCAACACUUUCCUCAACAUUUUCCGAAGAAAGAAACCAGGGGCAGGGAAUGCCAAUUCUAAUGGCAAGUCUGUGUCAUGGUCUGAACCAGGUGGAAGACAGGUGCCCAAGGGACAGCACAUGUGGCACCGCCUCUCUGUGCACGUGAAGACCAAUGAGACGGCCUGCAACCAAACAGCCGUCAUCAAACCCCUCACUAAAAGUUACCAAGGCUCUGGCAAGAGCCUGACAUUUUCAGAUACCAGCACCAAGACCCUUUACAACCUGGAGGAGGAGGACGCCCAGCCGGUAGGCUUCAGCCCUCCCAGCAGUCCUUCCAUGGUGAUGCACCGACGCGUGCCAACUGCGGCGAGCACCCCGCCUCUGCCGCCCCACCUGACUGCGGAGGAGACCCCCCUAUUCCUGGCUGACCCGGCCAUCCCCAAGGGCUUGCCCCCUCCCCUCCAGCAACCGCCGCCACUGCCGCAGCCGCAGCCGCAGAAAGCCCUCCUGGACCAGCUGCAGGGAGUGGUCAACAAUUUCAGCACCGGGAUCCCGGAUUUCAACGCGGUGCUCGCUGUCCCCGGGGGUCCCGGGAAUGGGGUGCGGUCCCUGUUUCCGCCCCCGGCGCCCCCGCAGCACCUGCAGAUGCUCCCGCUGCAGCUGAGCACCUUCGGGGAGGAGCCCGCCUCCCCGCCAGCGGAGGACGACGACGAGGACGACAGCGAGAGGUUCAAGCUCCUCCAGGAGUAUGUGUAUGAGCGGGAAGGGAACACGGAGGAAGAUGAACUGGACGAGGAGGAGGAGGACCUGCAGGCAGCCAGCAAACCGACCCUAGAGGAUUCGCCUGCCCUGACGCCUCCGUCCCCCUUCCGCGACUCAGUGGCCUCGGGUAGCUCGGUGCCCAGCUCUCCCGUGUCCGAGUCAGUGCUCUGCACCCCUCCCAACGUGACCUACGCCUCUGUCAUCCUGAGGGACUAUAAGCAAAGCUCUUCCACCCUGUAGGGAGGAGGUGUCCACAGGGAAAAGCCAGAGUGGUCAAGAAGUAUCAGCACCUCCGGAGAUGUGCAGAAAACUGGGGGAGAAGCGGAGGCUGGAGGGUGAAGUCCCGAGCAAGGGAGAGACAGCUGCUGACACCCUAACAAGGCGAACGCGAGAGAUGCUGGACUCUGCGAGCAAAAAGUGAUCCGGGAGAGGGUCCUGAUUCUUGAAGUAUUCAAAAGCUUUCUCUGGGAAGAAAGGGAAUUCUGUCAAAGCACAAUCCCUUAUAGCAUAUAACCUUUAUCAUAAAAAUAAAUAAAAUCAACAAACAUACUCUCUUUGGACAAAUGGGCAUAGAUAGGCAUGCCUGCAUUCUUGGCUGGUUUGGAAGGGGAUUUUACAGGAGGUCCGCCCAGCUGAGUCAUUAACUCACAGUCAGGGUAUUCCUAGUGAUGGUGAUACAGCCAUUCAGAGCAGGUGGGUGAAAAGAGGCAGGCGUGGAACCACCCAGAGAAGAGUGAUGGACAGACAGCAGCUCAUUUCUCUCAAGCCCUCUCCUUACUGGGCCCACAGAUCCUUGGUCUUCCGGACUGUUGGGAACUGGUCCAUAAAGGGGUCCCUCUUCAACCACUGCACCCCAUUCAGUGCCAGCCUUGCUGUCACACCUGGAGAAAGGUGUGUGGACACCUUGCUGCUCUGUGAUUUCCCUCUAUUUAGGAAAACAGGAAUAAGAGCAAAAUCAUCACCAAAAAGGGCUUCAUCAGGAGUGCUAAGGGAGAACAGAAUGAGAAGCAAGAAAGUACGAGAGCUUGGGGCUUUGAACAAAAUCAGUCAGCAAAAUCAGCUUCCCAUAUCUGAUACUUGUUGGUGAUCUGGAGAAAAGGCAGACGAGAUUGUUUGGAGAGUGGCAGAAGACUUUCUGAGGAUUUACUGGUGUGCCAGUGGGGCUCCUUUGCC